AUGCAUAUAGGCUUCAUUGAAAUGUCAAUUUUUGCAGAGAAUAAUACAAAUCGCGAUCUACAUCGAUAUAAGGACUUUCUAGAUUCAAUAAACGACGAGGAAUAUUUUGAGAAUUGCUUGUUCUACGGUGAGCUAAGAGAGAGCGAAGUACUAAAUCUAUUCUUACAGGAUAUUACUGAGCGCUUUAGGAAACCCGUUAUCAUACUAACUGGCAAUACCACCGAUCAAGAAAUCGCAAACAGGUUUAAUAGAGAUAUGCUUAUCAUAGCACAACUCACAGAUUUCGAGACGGUACUGCCGACACUCGCUAAAACACUCGAACGCAUGCGACAGAAGCGUAUUAUACUCAUCAGCGCUGAGCGGCCAACACACGAAACAGUAGAACCGUACUUGAGGCAAGUUUUUCGUUAUUGCGAGGCGGAAAAAUUACUCAAUGUAGUCGUGAUCUUUGAAGACUUUCCAGAAACGAAAAUAUUUCAUAGUUACAGCAUAUUUCCGAGUUUCGAAUUGGAAGCGAAAAUAUUUGGUGCUAACGGUGUGGCGGUGUUUCCACGGCGCAUGUUAGACCUAGAAGGCUUCGGCAUACGCACGAUACCCGAUCAAAUAUAUCCAUGGUCAUUCACAUAUGAGCUCGAUGGUCAGGUGAAGAUUGGUGGAUAUGUGCAAAAACUUAUGGAGACAUAUGCAAACUACCUCAAUGCCACACUCACUUAUCCAAUACCGGUAAUACUCAAUGACAACAGCAUUGCCGUCAGAAUAAUCGAACUCAUGGACAGCAACCAGCUCGAUAUACCGACGAGUCGCAAGUACCUUGAAAUAGCAAACAAUUUCGAUGAGGCAUCAAUACCUUUUGGUGUCAGCGGCUUGUACAUCAUGGCGCCGAUUGGGGAUCAUCAUUCAUUUUGGAGUUUCCUCGUCAUCUAUAGCGAUUGGCGACAUCUGACAUUUUCGCUGCUCAGCUGCUCGUCGUCCAUUAUGCUAUUCUAUUUAUGUAGACGUCUGCAAUACAGAUGCGCCGGUCGGCGAUUUCACAAAAACUUGUUCGCUGCACUGCUGGAGCCCAACUAUUUAUCGUCGAAUUUCGGCGUAGUGCAUCAGCUGCGCAUGCAACACUUGGUCACGUUACGUUUGAUAAUCUGUGUAUCGGCCGUAUGCUCCUUAUGCCUUUACACACAGUUUACGGCUAAUCUAAAUACGUUUAUGACUAAGCCGACAAUGGUGCGCAAUCCGAAGAGUUGGCAUGAUUUGGACGAAGAUGGUCACAAAGUGCUUCUCUCGAAGCGUUUCUACGCUUAUGUGCGUAUGUGGUGUGAUGAGAUAUGUGCGCACUUUGAGCACUCACUGGAGAUUGUCGACUCAGUAGAGCUGCAGCUUGAGCUGCAAUCAAGCUUCAACACCAGUUACGCUUAUCUGACUGACCUAUUUUCAUGGUACUUCGUUAAGCUGCAAAUGCGCAAGCUGAAGCAACCGAUAUUCCGUAUGACAGACAUCUGUUUGAAGCGGCAUCUAUUCCACUGCAUCUUUCUGUCGCGAAAUUCGAUUUUCAAGGAGUCUCUUGAUCUGUUUCUUACGCGCAUUGUAGAUCAUGGUUUGCAAAAGUAUUUGAUUUAUACAACAUAUGUGGAAGCGGUGCGCUCUGGUAUCAUUAAAAGUCUUUCACAAGGAGAUCAUGCGCAGGAUCAACCACUUGAUAUGGCAUAUUUUUCGUUCAUGUGGCCCUUCUUUGGCUUUGCUUGGACGAUGGCCUCCGCUAUAUUUGCGGUCGAAUUGGUUAGCGUGCGUUGGCGAGCGUGGAUUUUAGGGCAGCAGAAACGUUGA